AUGGCAUCCGAGUCAGUUCGUUUGGCUAGAUGUCCGCCUCCUCGGCAGGGCCGAGGGACGAGGCUGAAUACCAUCAUUGAAGACUCGCGCGAGGCUCAAUUCUCAGAAAAGGCCGAGCCCAGUCCUCCGCCCUCUGGGAUGGUCAGUCGAGCACCGCCCUUGAAAUUGAGAACCACGGGUCUUCAACCGCCUUCGAGGCUGAAUCGUGUUUGGUCGCCCUUGUCCACAGGUUCUUUAUCGUCCUGCUCGGAUACGGAAUGGCAGCAUCAGAUGCGGAAUUUCGAUGAUCUAUACGAUGCCACUGAUGACGAUUCAGACAUGAGUGACGAUUGUACAUCAUUUGCAAGUUCCAGACCGACAAGUCUCACGACCCCUACGACCAGAAAUUCAAUAAUAUCCCCAGUUAGUCGCAAGCGGUAUCCGAGUCUCACCAUUCCGUCGCCAACCUUCUCGUCACUGAACGGUGCCCCUAAAAGCUCGCCGGUUCCGCCCACUCCGCCACCGAAGAUACCGGUCUCCCCAGCGGCCUUGUCAAUGCUAGGUCAUUCGGUACCCGCCGUGCAUGCUCCGCCCUCCCUGGAUGGCAGUGUCUCAUCGGAUCAGAUCUCGAACAUCAGCGCUCCAGCGACUCCAGACCUGCAGUCUCUUCCCGACAGUGAAUGGAACGCUCGGGAGAUCCAUGUCCAACCGGACAUCGAGGAGACAGACAAUGUGGACAUGCAGCAUCCCGAGUCCGACUCUGAGAUCCAGAACAUCGAAAUUGCAAUUGAAAAUGUCGAAGAAGAUUGGCAGCAAGUUUUGGGGAGGUUUCCUCAAAUUCCCGGCCAAGCAACGCCAACCUCUCGCCAUUUCCCGCCCGAACCUACACGGGAAGACACGCCGUCAGAUGGAGGACUGUUCCUCCCUGAAGAUGCUCUGGCAACGUUGAGACAUAUUACGCUUGAUGGGACGCCAGAUCCUUGGUCAGAGACCUCCGAGGGCAAUGAAGAGAUGUGGCAGAUCGAGACCCCCGAACGACCUCGCAGCGCUGAUGACGCAACUCCGGCUUCAGAUAUAUCUGGGUACAGCUUUAGUAGGCUCAGUAUACCCUCGCCCGGUGGUUUCUUCUCAUCCCUCGGAGCUCGAGCUCGCCACACCUGGUCGAUUCCAAAGGGGUAUAGGCCUCCCACGUCGGCCACUGCCGAAAGCUUUUACAACAUACCUUUCGGCCGGACCGAAGGGGAAGUUGUUGAGCAGGUAGUCGAGUGCAAUCGACGUUUGACCGAAGAGCAACUGACGGCUGUAUACGACCCGCCGACUGCCAUCCGGAUCCCUUCUGAGAACGCCGAUGAGCCGCUGGAACAUCCGGAGAGUCCAGCCAGCGAUGUCGUGGAUGGAGUGCAUGAGAUUGUCAGACCUGAGACCUUAUGCGAGGACGAUGAACAAGAUGAGAACUACGAAAGCGAACUGAAGAAGAAGUCAAUGGCAAGCCUAGACAGAACUAGUGUCUGGCUAGCCGCGCAGGCUUCCUACCUUGCUGCUCUUCGCGAAACCAAUCCCGUCAACGCCCUAGAUAUCGAAACCAAUGCUCAGCUUGAUGACCAUGGAAUUGACAAGGAUACUGCUGCUGCCGCCGAAGAAACUCAACAGAUCAGCCGAAAAAGAUCUGUUAGGUUCGCCGAGGAUACUCCCGAGGCACCCAGCUCUGGACCAUCUGCCACGGCAAGCAGGGACUCGAUUUAUUGGCGAGGUUUCCAGUUCAUUCGCCAACAGUCAAACAAUCGGGAUACUUUUGUCCAUCGCAACACACGUUUUGACGCUGUCCAGUCUAUUCGACUUGGUUUGACAAAUGUCCACACCAGAUCUUUGUUGGGUAAUUACGAGCUCGUCCGCCCCGAACGUCCAGCUUACAAGGGGCCAUUUUCACAAGCUCCCCGCAACUCGGUCAUUGCCUCGGUCUUGUCGGAAAAGGCGCAAUUUUCUAUGCUGGAGAAAGAGCAAAUGGUCCUUUCCCAAAUUAGUCAAUCUAUGUGGGCCAUGGAUGCUCUGAGAUAUCUCAAUGGCGGUAGCUUGAUUGCUAGUCCUGCCGCAAAGCGCCUUUCGCGACCCUCCACUUCCACAAAGACUCCGCAAGGUUCUGGUACCCGCCGCCUUAGAGUCUUAGACCUAGGAGGACAUGCUUCUUGCGAGUGGGCAUGGCAGUGCGCUCAUGACUAUCCCAAUGUCAAGGUCUACACUGCGUUCACCGAACACCAGGCGGUCAAUCAAGGCAUCAAAGGCCCCUCAAAUCACCAACCGGUGUCUGUCUCAUGCCUUUGGAAACUACCUUUCCCUGACAAUAAGUUUGAUGUGAUUUCCGCUCGCUCCCUUCCUGCCCUACUGAAAACAGAGCAUCCGUCAGGUGAAAAUCUGGACGAGUAUGACCUUUGUCUCAAGGAAUGUUACCGUUGCCUCAAGCCUGGCGGUGUAUUGGAAUUCUUUGUUAUGGAUGCAGAAAUCUCACGAGCCGGUCCAUCCGCUUCCGCUACGUCGGUCGAAUUCGCUUUCAAUCUAAAGACUAGAGGCUACGACCCAACGCCUACGAAGAAGUUCCUCAACCGUCUGCGAAUGGGGAAGUUUGUCGGCACCAAGCGUGCCUGGAUGUUCCUGCCAAUGGGUACUGAGCCGACCAAGCCCCAAGUGCCCAGAGAGACUCCUGAACCUCGCGUGAAGAGUCAAAUCGAUGAGUACGAGGCGGUCCACGGUCCAAUCGGCAGUACAACCGAUGUCGCCAGUGUCACUGGGUUAUUUGGUGGCUGGAUAUGGGAACAGUGGCUUCUGAAACUUCAGGUCGAGAUGGGCCGCGAACAGCACAAGCUGCUUGAAGGCAUUGGAAGUGUAUUUGAUGAAGGCCGCAAGAAUGGUGCCGGCUGGUCUUGCUUGUCGGGCUGGGCCAUGAAGCCAAAACCGAAGCGGAGGACGCAACAGCACUGUUAG